UUUCAAAAUAAGUUUAUCCAAUUCCCAAAUUAGACCCUUCAUCGCAUCAAAGUUGCAACCUAGAAUAGCUCCGUUUUCGUAUAGAGACUGAAUUGAAGAACAUAGAGAAACACGAGAAACAAUGAGUGGUGCUGGGAAGAAGAUUGUCGAUGGAACCUUCAAGGUAUCCAAAAACAUCGAUUGGGAAGGCAUGGCUAAGCUUCUUGUAUCCGACGAAGCUCGCAAAGAGUUUUUUACUCUUCGUCGUGCUUUCGAUGAAGUCAAUACUCAACUUCAAACCAAAUUUAGCCAGGAACCUGAGCCCAUAGACUGGGAUUAUUACAGAAAAGGAAUUGGCAAUAAAUUGGUUGAUAUGUAUAAGGAGGCUUAUGAUGGUAUUCAGAUUCCGAAGUAUGUGGACAAAGUUACACCAGAGUACAAGCCAAAAUUUGAGGCCCUGAUGGUGGAACUGAAAGAAGCGGAAGAAAAAUCUCUUAAAGAAUCGGAAAGAUUAGAAAAAGAAAUAGCAGAUGUGCAGGAGCUGAAGAGAAAGCUGAGCACCAUGACUGCGGAUGAGUACUUUGAGAAACAUCCAGAGCUAAGGAAGAAGUUUGAUGAUGAGAUUCGCAAUGAUUACUGGGGUUAUUAGCGAUUUUUUGUUGUGCUGAUUCCGUAAUAUAUUGAUCAAGAUGAGCAUGUCGAGAUUGUAGUGCUUGAUUGAUAAGUAGCAUAAAUAAUAACAAAUCUCGCUUUCCAUAUCGAGAAUAUUUUUCCCAUGCUCUUGUAAUCGGAUUUUGAGGCGAUUGCAUGAUGCCACAAAAGAGCAAGCUCAAGUGUUUGUUGGAUGAAUACUAGUUUGGUUGUAAUUUUUUGCAAAUAUCUAUUGAUCCUGCUUGGUUGAAACU